AUGUGGAUUCUCAAACGCGGCAUAUGUAUUAAUUAAAUUAUUUUAUGUUUUUUACAAGUAAAAGUAGAGUACCUAAAGAGCACAAAACAAGAAGAGAAAGCAGUCAACAAUUGUUGCCAAAAUUAAAUAAUAAAUUUUCAAUAAUCCUGAGACAAAUGAUUUCCUUUUUGGGUGAAAACCCCAAUAAAAACGGACGUUUUAAUAAAAUUUUGACGUUUCGUGAUGAAAGGAAUGUCGACGUACCCAAAGUUCACAUAUUUUGAUGAAUAAUUAGUUUGACCAAAGGACAACCUAUCAUGUUUUGGAAAUACAAUACGACUUCUUCCUCACAAAUUGAGGCUUUGCUAUCCAAAGAGGAUGUUACUUUACAGGAAGUUAUGGACUCUGAUGAUAUCAUUAAUGAAUGCAGGGUUCAAAAUAAGCUCCUCAUCGAUUUCCUGCAAAGGACUGAGGUGAUGGAGGAGCUGGUGACUCUAAUAACAAAGGAACCGUCAAUUGAAAUAGAAGAGAGAAGUAGAUUUAAGUAUCCAAAUGUCGCCUGCGAGUUGCUCACUUGCGACGUGCCCGCUUUGAACGAGAGAUUGGCUAGUGAUAAAGUGCUUCUUGACAAAUUGUAUACUUUCCUGGAAUGUGAUACCCCACUGAACCCGCUGUUAGCUUCUUAUUUUAGCAAAGUCAUGGGUGCCCUUAUUGCAAAGAAGACUGAGCAGAACUGGUUAUCCUAUCAGUUCACUUGCUUACAGGUCCUUGACUUUUUAAAGGCUAAGGACACCUUUAUAUCGUUACUGCUCAAGCACAUUGGCACAUCGGCCAUUAUGGAUCUCAUGCUCAAACUGAUGACGCAAGUCGAGGGAGUGGAAAUGAAUCAGAACAUAUUGAACUGGUUGGACAGCCAGAGAGUGGUCCAAUCUUUGGUAUCUCUGUUGAGUCCGAAAGUGGACAGAGAGAGACACUACAACGUUGCUCAAUUGCUGUGUGAUUUCAUCAGGAUAGCUAGGGAUAAUCAGAAGAAUUCCGUAGAACGGGUUGAUCCCGAUCCAUUACUCAAUACAUUAGAAUCAUCCGAAACUGUAUCGUUGCUCCUCGACUACAUCCUGGUGGGGGACGAGAAGAGCGAGACGGCCAUCGUGGCCGGCAUCCAAGUACUUUUGGCCUUGCUGGACAUUAGUCAAAACGGCGUGACCAAGUUUAGUUCGACGCAAAAUUUGUACGGGUCUAACGUCAACGACGAGUCCAGUGAUAGCGAGCAAAAGCAGAAAAGCGUGUUAAGUACCACUCAGGUGAUUAAGGAUAGGAUAAAGGACUUCCAUAAUUUGCUAAUCGAUCCGCCAAAGCAAGACGCCGUACUGACCACCGUCGGCAUCCUGAACCCGCCCCUCGGUAAUACCCGCCUCCAAGUUACCAAGCUGUUCGCUGCUCUUAUAGCUUUCAAUAAUGAGGAGCUGUUGAGCAAAUUCGAAGCUGCCAACACAUUCACUGUAUUACUCGAUUUGUUCUUUACGUACCAAUGGAAUAAUUUCCUGCACACCCAAGUGGAGAAUUGCCUUAUAGCCGCCCUCAGGGGCUACACCGCUUCCGAAGACUGCAAUGACAAGAGUAAUGCCUUAAGUAAACACUUGUUGUUACAAUGUAAGGUUAUUGAAAGAAUUUUGAGCGCUUGGAAAGAAAAUGAUGAACAACAAUCGCAAGAAAAGGGCGUUCGUAAAGGGUACAUGGGCCAUCUGAUAAGCAUAAUGAAUAAAAUCGUAGAUCUGUGUGACACGUCCUUCGGCCAAUUCCUCAAAGACAACCUUCCCGACGUCGCCAAAUCGUUAGACGAAUUCAAGGAGACGACCCUUAACGAGACCAACAAACUGCAGGAGACUCUACUAGGCGGAGUUCAUCCAAACAGCUCCGUGGAUGAUAACGACGAUUACGGAGACAUCCCGUUCCCGCAGUCGGGCGCUCUUCAGCAACAGAUGUUUUUCCAAUAUCAGAUGCAAAAUUUGACUUCGCAGUUCAUCGACGGCUACAGCGGAUUCAACGAUGACGCUUUCAAUGACGGCGACGAUACGUUGCAAACUAUCGAUCAUAGGACGGAUAUGAACUUCGAUCCGUCGGAGGGUGAUUUAGUGCAGCAACAGGAAAUCUUUAAGCAGGUGUGCGCGCAAAGCAUCAACACAUUAGAUGACGCCGAUGAUCAAAUAUUUGACGAAAGAGAGCACACAUUUCAAACGGUGAUAGAGAAAAAUGACAGGAAUGAAGCAGUUUACAGCAGCGAUAGCGAUGAGGAUCUACCGGCCGGUGAUGACAAUAUGGACGUUGAUCCUUGGACGUCCCCCAAACCCUCCACUACCAACGAAGCCCCGCCAUCUUUCCCCGCCGGCGACCCUUGGUCGUCGAAAUUCAGCCACCCUCCACCGACGGAAGACAACAACACGUGCAGCGGAUGGGCCGAUUUCAGCUCCGUCUCGUUCGAGGCCAAUUUCACGAAUUUUAACGAAGCGUCCAGCCACCAACGUUUCGCCGACGACGACGUAAACAAGGAUGGCGAUUCGAAAAUGGGACAUUUUAGGAGCGUGGGUGGGGAAAACGGCGAGAAGGAAAAGAAGACGAUUAACUGUAUUGAGGGCGUGACUCAAUCGGAAGGUGUGGUGGAUGUGAAAAGCGCAGCCGGUGCUACGGGUGACGCCGGGUUGAUGAUUGCCAGUGAACUGAAGGACGAGAAGAAAAUGGAAAAUUUGGAGGGGAGCACUGUGAUCGAACAGUCCAAAAGCAUAGAUGCAUCCAAUACUGUACAGCCCCCCGUUGCGUCCACUACGAACAGUGAAAAGGAAAAAGUUUGAGCAAUGUUCCACAUAUCACACGGGAACCUAAUAUGUAAUCUUAAAGUACUGUAAAUUAAUUUGAAAAAAAGCAAAAAACAAACGCAAAAAACAAUUUUAAAAAUCAUAGAAUAAUUGACUGCCUCCCAACGAGUGCGGGCGGCGGGUGCGUAGACACGGCUAGAAAAAAAAUUCUACACGUCAUUACUCGGACGACUAAAUAAUCCCAAUUAUUAUUUUUAUUUAUACAUUUAUAUAUUCGAUAUUUAUUCAUAUUUAAGUGUAUUUAUUUUUGUUUUUUAAAGUAAAAAAAAACGUUUUAAGUAUGUACUCUAGUGUGCUGCUCUGAAAAUAUAGAAAAUAACAUUUUGUAAUUUUGGUUCCUAUUUUGUGUCAAGGUCGCCAAGAAUGUAAAUGUCCACAACAAAAAGUUAAUUGCAAAAAUAUAUGAAAUUAUAAAAAUAGUUUUAUAUUAUAUAUUUAUUAAAAAAAGAUUAGAGAUCUCCACGCAUAAUGAUUCCUGAAUGUUCUUAACCUCAAAGUUUGUAACUGUUGUAUUUUCGUUCAAAUGCGUCGAAAUUUAGAAACUAUAAUUAUUUUUUCUUACGAGGCUGGUUCGCUAAGUAUUUGAUAAGUUCGUUAAUAUACAGGAGAAAAAGAGUAGGGCCCAUGACACUAGCGUGUAGUAUACCGAAAUAUACGAAAUGUGGCUAGAUAAAACAGAAUGAAUGCUAUUAAAUCGUUUAUUACUUUUCUUUCUAAUUUUAACUUUAUCACCUUCUAUAUAAUUCAUCCCUCCACUAUCUCUACACCACUACAUGCUAAUUGUCCAUUAGCAGUAGCAUUCAUCAUCAUUUUUCAAAAGCAUGUCAAUUGUCUAUAGCUUUUUCUUUGAUAAGCUCUACUGUCUCAAAUCUGACUUCUUCCAGAGCUGAUUUGACUGGGUAAUAAAAAAGUCAAUUGAGGCUACUUCCAGUGAUUAUGGUGGAUAUUCUAAUAAGGGGAUCUAAAUACUUGGCCAAAAACUGACAGAGAGUGCAGUCUGGGGUGCAGCGUUCUCCUUGUGAAGAAAUCUUGCCCUUAUUCUGUUGAAAUCUAUUUUGUGACAGCAUAAAUACUACAGAGUGUUUUUCGGACCAAUGUUACCUGUUUUUGAGGUGCAAGAUCGUCCUGGGUGCGAAUCAUCAAUGAUCCAUUAUCGUCACUGGUUGAUUACUCAAAAACCUGAGUACAUGAUAUAUAUUUAAUUCCAUAUCCUUCUUUCAAUAAAGUAUACGUUCCUAUGGCGGAUUUUCCGAGUUUCACAAAGAAUUUUAUAUUGACAUGUUCCUUGAACACAUACAUUUCCAGCAAAGCACAGAUUGAACGAAGACCAAUUUAAGUGGAGUUCACCUUUAUGAUGAUAGCAAUAGAGAGAUGUCACGUGAUACUCUGGUGUUCCGUUUGACCUUGACGCCCUCAUGAAAAAACAAGUCAAAACGUACCUGUAUUUCGGAAAUCGCCAAAAAUUCAUAUGAUUUUAGUGAAAUCACUCAUGAUUUCAAAGGAUUUUGCUGAAAUCCUACUUUCGGUGAUUUCGCUGCUAUUGCCAUUAAUUUUAUACCAUUUAGAAGAUUUCGGCAAAAUCAUUUUAUAUAAUUUCCUAUGAAUUAUCUUCUUGAAUAUUCAAAUGGCCUUUCUUUUUUGGGGCUCUUCAGUUAUGGUUUUUGAUC